UCCCCUCCUCUUCCUCCUCCCCUCCGCCUUUCCCUUUGGAUUUCUCUCGUCGCCUUCGAGUGACGUUGAUGCCCUGGGCCGGUCGCUGCCGCGCAGGUUGGGAGCCCGACCCACGUGAGGCGUCGUUGAGUCUCUGCCUGCCGGCCGCCUCGCGCCUGUGUUCCGUGGGGAGGGGAGGCGCGACGGAGGGGGGGAAGGGCCCUCUCUCUCACUCUGCGGCCGGGAUGUGCCGAACGACAAAGCUGCACCUGAGGAUCACAAUGCAGCAGAAAAAUGAGAGAGCCUAGAAGAAACUUACAGCGGAGAAGUCGGUUGCUGACCUGUUGCCGAAAAUGGACCUUGGGGUUUUGGGGGCUGAGGCGACACUGCGUCCAAAGGAAGCGUCUUCCUCUGCUUAAAAGGAGGUGGCAGCGCAGCGCUUGGACGUUGGGCAGCUGGCGACAAACGAAACCAUGCAGGACAAAGGUGGUCGUGAGGAAGUGGGUCCCUGAAGUCUUCCUAAAUGCAGAAACCUGUGCUUGUGCUGAAAACAGUACCUUCCUGGAAGUGGGGCCCAGGAGUACUUUUCCUAGGUGCAGAGUUGGGGAACUGUUUACAGUGGCAGAGAGUCUGGGCAGCAAACCUUUCCAGAGAGAACUACUGCUCGGUGAACUCAGUGAUAUACAGACAGACUCAAAGACCUGUCCAGGCAAAGAAUACUGCCCUGAGGUCAGCAGCGCAUCUGUAACGGUAACGGAGGGGAGCUUUGCUCACAGUGUUCGGGAGAGCAAUCAUGGCCAAAGCAACGGAGUCGUAGUUCUAAGGAACUCGAGGAGAAAGCGCCGUUGCCGAGGGCUUCAGCCGAACAGGAUUUGCGGUCUCUCGACUACUAGGAGAAGGCCUAAAUUUAAGCUGUUUACUUUAAAAAGCAGAUCUCUAUUUAUGAUGUAUAAGAAACUUUCCGUGAUUAAGCUUCGGGUUAGAAUUCUAAAAUGUCGUAAGUUCUGGAGAGGAAAAGCUUGCAAGUCGAGUAAAAACAAGCUCAGCUGGGUGGAUAAAGUAACCAGAGACCGACAAGAGGACUUCCACCAAAAGGACUUCACGAGUGGUUCCUGUACCUUAUUUCCCUUUUGGAGAUCAGAAAGUCCCUCCCCCUGGAAUCUGCCCAGCUGGUCAGAGAUGAACAGUCACAUGCCAGGACCAGUAGUUGAGGAGAACCGCACACGUCAGCCGGAGACGUCCCUCGCAAGAGAUGCAUUGUUGCAGCGCAGCGAGAUCCACUAUAAGGAACUUGCCUCCAGAGACCAAAAUGGCAUUGCUGAGAUCUGCAUGCCUCAGUCGCAUAGAGCGGCCUCUGGUGGGGUGGAGGCGGCAGCGCACAAGGAGGAGAUGGGGGACACACCCACCCUAGACGGUUGCCCUGGUGACAUUUUCAUCUCCGUGUCGGAAAAAGAGAUCUCUGUUUCGGGUCAUGACGAUGGAGAUUCUCAUCCGGUUAUGGGUACUGAUGAGAUAGUUCUGGAGCCCUGCAAGACGGAUUUGGGGACGCGAGAUGGUUUUACUAAUGGGCCCCUUUCCGUGGAGCCGGUUCAGAGCGAGGACAGUUGUAGCCAGAUGGAAGUAGAAGGGCCUGUAAAUGCGGACGUUUUUGGUGCAGAGUUGUUAGACCACCCAUAUUGUAAAAGCCCGCUCGACGAACCCCGCAGAGAAAGCACAGGACAAAAAUCAGGGACCCAAAAGAGUAGCAAAAGAAGCAGUCAGAGAGCUUCUUGCGUCAACGACGAGCAAUUGGCGGUGUGGCUUUGUGGAUUCCUAGAUGAAGUAAUGAAGAAAUACGGCAGCUUAGUUCCGCUUUGUGAAAAGGAUGUCAUGGGAAGAUUAAAGGAAGUCUUUAACGAAGAUUUCUCCCAUAGAAAGCCAUUUAUCACAAAGGAAAUCAUGAAAUAUCAAACGAGGCAUCCCAAAUCUUCCACUUGCAGUUUCCGGGUCUUCUACAAUAAGCACAUGCUAGAUAUGGAUGAUCUGACGACGCUGGAUGGUCAGAAUUGGCUAAACGACCAGAUCAUCAACAUGUACGGCGAGCUGAUAAUGGACGCAGUUCCUGAAAAGGUUCAUUUCUUCAACAGCUUUUUUCACAGACAGCUGGUAACCAAAGGCUAUAACGGGGUGAAACGAUGGACUAAAAAGGUGGACCUCUUCAAAAAGACCCUCCUGUUAAUUCCCAUUCAUCUGGAAGUCCACUGGUCCCUCAUUACUGUGAAUCUCCCAAACCGCAUUAUUUCGUUUUACGACUCUCAAGGCAUUCAUUUUAAGUUCUGCGUAGAGAACAUUCGGAAAUACUUGCUGACAGAAGCUAAAGAGAAGAAUCAGCCGGAGUUCCUUCAGGGUUGGCAGACUGCUGUUACAAAGUGCAUUCCGCAACAGAAAAACGAUAGCGACUGUGGAGUCUUCGUACUCCAGUACUGCAAGUGCCUCGCCUUAGACCAGCCUUUUCAGUUCUCCCAGGAAGACAUGCCUCGAGUGCGGAAAAGGAUUUACAAAGAGCUCUGUGAAUGCCGGCUAAUAGACUAAAUUAAGGGGCCGGAGAAGAAGACGACGAAAGCGGCAAACAGACAGCAGCCGCUAGAAACCACCGCGACUCUUUUGGCAUUUUGUAGAGCCCUGGCUUGAUAACUUGUGUACUUGAAUAUUUUUUUUUUUCUGAGGGGAAAAAGAAAGAAAAACUUCCAUUAAUUUCAAGCACGUCUUGGGCUGAACCAGUGUGGCCAACGUAAUUACCUCAGACUUCCCCCCCCCCUCCCCCGACAUCCUCCUUACCUGGUGAGCCCCGCCACAGAAUAAGUCCCAGUGUGUUUAGUUUCUUUUUUUUUUCUAACGUUCUUUCCUGUAUUUAAUAUUUAUUAUCUAAACGCAUGUGCGUAGGCAAAGCAUGCGACUAAAAGAGAAAUAUUAAGAAAACUGUAGAAUCGGUGCACCUUUGGAGCGUAGCUAGAAAUGACGAGAAUAAUGCAGGUUUAAUCUUUUUUUUUGUCUGAACAUUAAAAAAAGCAAAGAAA